UCUAGAUUGGCUGGAAAUCCAGGCCAUUCUCAGUUGGUAGUCAAAAUGAAGGCGUUUGCACUAGUAUUGUUUUCACAUGUCUUUUUUAAUCAUGUGUUUGCAUGGAAAGAGCCGAAGCCAUUCAACUACACAAAAAUGUCGGCGAACUUGGACAACCCAAACUUCAUAAGGGAUCGUUUUAAAAAUGAGGUCUACAAGCCGAUGAUGCCGACGAACUUUCGGGAACGCUUCACCCGGCCUUUCGCGCCUGCCUGGAUGGAUUACUGCGACCCCUAUCACUGCAAUGACUACCACAAGGUGGCCUGCGGCAUAAACCGAAGACAUCGCGUGUUCAAAUGGUUCCAGAGCGGUUGCCACAUCCUUCUCAACAACGAGUGCGCCGACUUUAGAGGCAACCUGAAGUACGACCAAACCGACACGAAAUUCUGCCAUGCCUUCAUACUGAACGUCCGGCAAGGCUGCCGCGACUGCGAACCGGACGACAAAUUGGUCUGCGCCGUCAGUCUGGUGGACAACCAUGUUACACUCUUCAGAGACCGAUGCGCACUGCAGUCUACCAACUGCGAAUCUAACACAUUCGACGAAUACGAGGAAGUGGACAUGGGACUCUGCGUGUUCUACUUAAAGGAAAAGGCGUUGAAAAUAAACAUGGGUACAUACUUAGGACUUUUAUUUGCUCAUAGAUGGUAG